AUGACUAACACAACCAAUGAGGUUGAACUUCAAACGUCAAACAAUACAAUUGACAUACCACCUUCAAUUAAAGACAAACAAAAUAUUACAAAAAUACUCAACUCAAUCAAUUAUCAUAAAAAUACACUAAGUAUAACAACAAAAAAUGUUCAAAACAAUCUGGAAGCAAUCAAGUUGUACAAAUUAUGUACAGGUUCUGAUAUAAUCUGCCUCCAAGAAACAGUUAAUGCAACAUUCAAACCCUUAAAUCAAGAUCAAUACACCUGUUACCAUAAAACAAACUCCAGAGUAGGGAUAGUAAUCAACAAUACAUCCACACCGAAAUUUGAAAUCAUAGAUCACAUGAAUAUCCAAUCUAUUAUGACAGGAUAUCAAGAUCGAGUGAGUGAUAUAUUAAUUAAAAUGAUACACAACAAAACAUAUAUUAGAAUAAUCAACAUAUACGCUCCAUGCAGCAAUUUUAGUAUUCAACAGAAAUUCUGGCAAGAACUAAAACAUGCAAUGGACUAUACGAACAACAACAGCAUUACCAAUAAAGAAAUAUCUACGGUUUUAGUUGGGGACUUUAACUGUAUCCUAAACAAAAUAGAUUCAGAAAAGGGAGAUGAAAUAUCUAGGACGGAGAAGAAUGCAACUAAAGAACUAAAAGAAAUAUUAGAGCAAAAUGAGUUGAAAGAUGUAUUCCGUCAUAUCAAACCAACAACAAAAAUAUUCACAAAUAGAAACAUGAUAAAUAAAAGACGAUUAGAUAGGUACUAUAUCAAUAUCAACUUACUACAACAGAUUCUUUGUUAUUAUCAAAGCAAUCAUGAAGGUAUGAAAAGCACUCAUGAAACGUUAACAAUAAAGAUAAUUUUAAAUAAAACUCCGUCAAUUAAAAAGGGGAAAAGAAGAUAUGUCUUUAACAGUGAAUUACUAGAGCUUUCAAAUUUUGAGCCAAAAAUUUCAUAUGAGGAUUUAUUAAAGCAAUUAAAAGAGUUACAGCUAUCCCAAAAAAGUAUUCUCAAUACCACUAUACCACAAUUCAAUCCCAAUUCAACAAUUUUUAAAGAUUUAGCAAUUCGAUACAAGAAAAGUCGGUUUAAUUUGGAUAAAACAAUUACUGCAAUAACAGAUGAGAAUAAAACUGAAACCGGCACCACCACGCCACAAAUUCUUCAAAUCGCAACAAAAUAUUAUAAAACAUUAUAUACAUCCCAACCAAAUCAACUUCUACAACAACAACAGAUGAACUACUUAAGUGAUUUCCAAAAGUCUAUCACGGAAGAAGAAAAAUUACAAUUAGAUAGGCCCCUUGAAUUAACAGAAUUCACUCAAUGUUUGGGCUCAUGCUCAAAUCAAUCCUCACCAGGAAAAGAUGGGAUCUGCUACAGGACUUUAAAACUCAUUUGGAAAGAUAUUGGACAUACAGUAGUUGAGAUUGGUAACCGAAUGAUGCUACAACAAACAGUUCCAUCCGAAAUCAACAAAGUAAUCAUCACCCUACUACCAAAAAAGUCACAAAAUUCAAUCAGAUCAAUAACGGAAUUUCGUCCAAUCUCAUUGACGAAUACAAUAUUGCGUCUAAUAUCAGCAGUGGCAAAUGCUAGAAUUCAACCACUAUUAUCACAAGUGAUCUCACAUAAUCAGGUGGGCUUCUUAAGAGAUAGAUUGAUGUCAAACAACAUUCAAAAAAUUAAACAUGUAUACCAACACAUCAAUAAGAAUCAUACCAGUUUGGAAGGACUAUUUUUCAUGGAUUUGGAAAAGGCAUUUGAUAGGAUCGAUCACAAAUAUUUAAGAAACGUAAUUAAACAAAUUAAUAUUGGAGAAAAGUUUAGCAACCUUCUCAUGGCAAUGACUACAAAUCAAACAGCCCAUUUGGAAAUAAACAAUGUUUCAGGAGAAGAAUUUGAAUUUGGUUGUGGUGUCAGACAAGGUCUUCCCAUUAGUCCUAUUCUUUUUAUUAUCGCAUUAGAACCAUUAUUACAAAAAUUGGAAAACAAGUUGACAGGAAUUGAAAUGAUGGAAGGGAUUCAUGCUAAAGUGAUUGCAUACGCUGAUGAUGUGGCCAUAUGUAUCAAAGGAGAUGAUGAUUCUAAAACACUUUUACAUGAAAUAGACAGUUUUUGUCAAGUCUCAAACUCUAAAUUAAAUCCACAUAAAUCAUUGUUAUUAACUAAAAAUCCAGCUUACAAACUUACAGCCGAGUUCAGAACAGAGAAUAUAUCCACAUUCCCUUUCACAUAUCUCGGUAUCCCCUUUAAUCACUUCGAAUGGAAAGAAUUUUUUGAUAAAAUUACCAAACAUCUAAAUAUAAUCAUGCUACGACAAACACCCCUCCAUUUAAGAGCCACAGGAUAUAAUACAUAUAUCUUUUCAAAACUUUAUCAUUUGGACAUUAUGAUUCCAAUGAAAGAAAAACAAAUCAAAGAAAUCAUGAAAAAUAUACAUCAAAAAUUCAAAGGCACAAGAAUGGAGACAGUCACAUCCUUGAAAAAACAAGGAGGUUAUGGUUUAUUGGACCUCAAUCAGCAGCUUAUAGGCUCAAGAGCCAAGAUAAUAUAUCAAGUUUUGUUUGAACCAUAUAAUUGGCACAAUAUUAUCUGGCGCAAUAAAAUACAACAACUAGUAGAUGAUCAUUGGAUAAGUAACUAUGAUGCCCAAAAAGACGAAAUAACAACUCCUUAUUGGUACGAUUUUCUCACCACAGCAGUGGAGAAUGAUCCAACAACAAACAUCAAACAAAUCAUAAACAAGUCAGACCAUUUUGAUCAUUUUGAAAAGGAAUGUUUACAUGCUUGGUUUAAAAUUACUAAACCAUAUAGAAAAGGGAUUCUCAAUAACGUAACAACUAAUCUCGAAGAAUCAAAAUCACGCAAGCGAAAUGCAAUCACAUUCCAACAAAUUAACAAUCCAACUUUAGAGGAUCUCCAAACAUACAAACAAAGAUCCC